UCUCCCCUGGUGGGGAGGGGGCUCUGUCCAUAUAAGGCAGGUCUGCGGCCCCUGCUCUCCCCAACGCGGGCAGGGUCUGCCACAUCCUGAUGACCGGGCGCAGCAACAUGGAUUCGCCUGCCGCUUUCUCGGGCUUCCCAGCCCUACCCUCCGUCGCGCCGUCGGGGCCGCCGCCGUCGCCGCUGGCCGGAGCCGAGCCCGGGCGGGAGCCCGAGGAAGCGGCGGCGGGCGGCGGGGAAGCGGAUCCCACGCCCGCGCCGGGCCCGGGGCGGCGGCGGCGGCGGCCCCUGCAGCGCGGGAAGCCGCCCUACUCGUACAUCGCGCUCAUCGCCAUGGCGCUGGCGCACGCCCCGGGCCGCCGCCUCACACUGGCCGCCAUCUACCGCUUCAUCACCGAGCGCUUCGCCUUCUACCGCGACAGUCCGCGCAAGUGGCAGAACAGCAUCCGCCACAACCUCACGCUCAACGACUGCUUCGUCAAGGUGCCCCGAGAGCCGGGCAACCCGGGCAAAGGCAACUACUGGACGCUCGAUCCCGCAGCCGCCGACAUGUUCGACAACGGCAGCUUCCUGCGGCGCCGCAAGCGCUUCAAGCGCGCCGAGCUGCCCGCGCAUGCGGCUGCGCCGCCGGGGCCCCCGCUGCCCUUCCCCUACGCGCCCUACGCGCCCGCGGGCCCCGGGCUGCUCGCCCCGCCACCCGCCGCGCCUGGGCCCGCACCGCCCGCGCGCCUCUUCAGCGUCGACAGCCUGGUGAGCCUGCAGCCCGAGCUGGCGGGGCUGGGCGCCCCCGAGCCGCCCUGCUGCGCCGCGCCCGACGCCGCCGCCUUCGCGCCCUGCGCGGCCGCUGCCUCGCCGCCGCUCUACUCGCAAGCUCCCGACCGCCUGGGGCUGCCCGCGACGCGCCCCGGUCCUGGCCCGCUGCCCGCUGAGCCCCUUCUGGCCUUGGCCGGACCGGCCGGUGCCCUCGGCCCGCUGAGCCCCGGGGAGGCCUACCUGAGGCAGCCGGGCUUCGCGCCGCCGGGGCUGGAGCGCUACCUGUGAGCCU